AUGCCAAUCUGUCCAACUGGUAUCGUCUACGAUCUUCUUGAAGUAAUUUCGGCCCAACUUGAUCAGCAUGAUGUCUCAGUGGAUGUUCCCGUGUAUUUUAUUUCUCCAGUAGCCGAGAGCACAUUAGCAUAUUCAAAUAUCUAUGCGGAAUGGCUGUCAGAGAAGAAGCAAAACAUGGUAAACAUACCGGAAGAACCGUUCAAACACGGUUUGGUAGGUUUUUAA